AUGUCUUUUACAAGAACUUGUUGUAUUUCUGGCCUUCUGCUCUUGUUUCUAGCUCUCACAUGUGAAGCUAGGGUUCCAAGAAAUGCUAAUGUAGGGUUUAUAGCAGUUAAUAGUGCCCAUUUUGAACUCAAUGGAUCCCCUUUUCUAUUCAAUGGUUUCAACUCGUAUUGGUUGAUGCAUGUUGCUGCUGAACCUAGUGAGAGGUACAAAGUCACUGAGGUUCUUAAAGAUGCAUCUGCUGCUGGUCUUUCUGUUUGUCGCACGUGGGCUUUUAGUGAUGGAGGUGACAGAGCAUUACAAAUAUCGCCCGGAGUUUACGAUGAACGUGUUUUUGAGGGUUUGGACUUUGUGAUCUCGGAAGCUAAGAAAUAUGAUGUUCGCUUAAUCUUGAGCUUUGUAAAUAACUGGAACGACUUUGGAGGAAAGGCUCAAUAUGUUCAAUGGGCGCGAAAUGCAGGGGCUCAGAUCAAUGGCGACGAUGAUUUCUAUACUCAUCCUAUACUCAAAGAUUAUUACAAGAACCACAUUAAGAAAAUUGUUACACGAUUCAAUACCAUUACUAAAGUUGCAUACAGAGAUGAUCCAACAAUUAUGGCAUGGGAACUCAUUAAUGAGCCACGUGAUCAAACUGACUAUUCUGGAAAAACUCUUAAUGCUUGGGUUCAAGAAAUGGCAAGUUUUGUGAAGUCACUAGACAACAAACACUUGCUAGAGGUAGGAAUGGAGGGAUUUUAUGGUGAUUCAGUUCCUGAAAGGAAGGCAGUUAAUCCUGGUUAUCAAGUGGGAACAGAUUUCAUCAGUAACCAUCUUAUCAAUGAGAUAGAUUUUGCCACUAUCCAUGCGUACACUGACCAAUGGGUAUCAGGACAAAACGAUGAAGCACAAUUAGCAUGGAUGCAAAGGUGGGUGACAAGCCAUUGGGAAGAUGCAAAAACCAUACUAAAGAAACCUCUAGUACUAGCUGAAUUUGGCAAGUCUAGUAGAGGUCAAGGAUACAAUCUUAGUUCAAGAGACACAUUCAUGAGUAAAGUGUAUAGAAAUAUCUACAAUUUGGCAAAAGAAGGAGGAACCAUGGCAGGAAGCUUGGUAUGGCAACUAAUGGCACAAGGAAUGGAGAAUUAUGAUGAUGGUUAUUGUAUUGUAUUGGGACAAAAUCCUUCAACUGCAGGAAUUAUUUCAGGCCAAUCACAUGCCAUGACAGCUUUGGCUCAACUAGUGAAGGCAUGA